AGAGUAUGUGAUCAACACAGGUUGUUCCUCGGUAGUCCAAUAUAUUGAUCUGGACUUAUUGAUUACUGACUUCUGUCAUGAAAGCAUGACUUGGUAAAGUCAAACGACGUGACACACAAGGAGAAGCAACAGCAAAGACUGCAGCGUGUGUUUUUCCAAAAUAAAAAGGACGUUUGCCUAUUUCAGAACCACUCUUCAAUCUAUUAGAUUUUCCGGUACGUUACGGGAGUGUCUGAUUGUCCAAAAACACUCAAGAAGCUUAAAAAAGACAAGAUAUCCUAGACAUUAAUGGCCACGAAACACAACAGCAGCAUUUUCAGCAGGCACGAGCCGGACAGGAGACUGGCGGUGAGCUCAGCCAAUAGCCAGGCUGGUUGCCGUGUGACGUCACACAACAAGCCAAUAGCGUGACCGAGUGGGCGGACUUGAGCGCUUAGCUUGUCGUUCAAUGUGUCUUGUGUGUUUUAGAGAGAGAAGCCAGGAGGAGAAGGAGACAAGAGGCUCGUCUGACGUCAAUAAAACAAACAUUGCUUACCGUGGAUGUGAUUCUAUCCCAGUCGGAGUGAGAUCCGAGCCUCCGCGCCACACCGGCGGCCUAUUUUAUUGUCUGCGAUGCGCGAGCACGGCGCAUUUUUUGGAGGGGGGGUGCGUCCCACGGCGGGGGUGCUCCGGCAGGACAAACAUGGGCGUCUGUGACAAUGAUGUAGCCUCCAUCCUCGUUGCUCCCCUGCACUGCCCUCCAUGGACAGCCUGCUCUCCUCCAUAGUUGCCAUGAAGACGCCUCACAGCAAAGCCUGGGCUGGAUUUUGAAGCGGCAACAAUUACAUAAUCUAAUCAUCCUUGUCAUCUCACAUAUUGCACUCGUCCAUGUAAGCUGUGGCGAGGGAGCGCACAGAUGAGAGGAAAACAGUUCCAUCCACCUCUCAAGUUGACGGCACCCUGGGAGAAGGAUGCCGGCUUCGGGAGGAAGCUCAAGACCUACAGGAACCAUACCAAGAUCAUAGCGCAGCCCGGCAUCGUGAUGAAGGUGCUGCGCAGGAAGAGAAUGGUGCUGUUCAUGGCCUACUUCCUGCUGCUGGUGCUCACCAUGCUCAACCUGGCCAACUACAAGUGGACCAAGGAGCCUCAGCAGUGCAGCCACCAGAUGAGGAGCGCCAGCUACCAGGGCAGGUCGGACCUCCGCUUCCUCUACAGACCCUCGCUGGCCAAGAGGAGGCAGCUCAUCUACGUUCUGACCACCUGGAGGUCGGGCUCGUCCUUCUUCGGGGAGCUUUUCAACCAAAACCCGGAGGUGUUCUUUCUGUAUGAGCCCAUGUGGCACAUCUGGCAGAAACUGUACCCGGGCGACGCCGUGUCCCUGCAGGGGGCGGCCAGGGACAUGCUGAGCUCCUUGUACCGCUGCGAUCUGUCCGUCUUUCAACUUUACAACAGCCCCGGGGGCAAGAAUUUCACCUCGCUGGGACUGUUUGGAGCCACCCUGAACAAGGUGGUGUGCUCUUUCCCGCUCUGCUCGGCCUACAGGAAGGAGGUGGUGGGCAUGGUGGACGAUAAGGUGUGUAAAAAGUGUCCGCCGCAAAGCCUCCGACUGCUGGAGGACGAGUGCCUCAAGUACAACACGGUGGUCAUCAAGGGGGUGCGCAUUCUGGACGUCAACGUGCUGGCGCCCCUCAUGGAGGACCCCUCCUUGGAUUUGAAGGUGAUCCAUCUUGUCCGGGAUCCACGGGCGGUGGCCAACUCCAGGAUCAAGUCCCGUCAUGGCCUCAUUCGGGAGAAUUUACAGGUGGUCCGCAGCAGAGACCCCAAACUCCGCCGGAUCCCUUUUGUGGAUCCCGGUCACAAAGCCAACAAGAAGGACGGCUCGGACUACCACUCCAUCGGUGCCAUGGAGGUCAUCUGCGACCGCACCUCCAGGACUCUGAGGACGGCCUUGAACCCGCCCGGCUGGCUGAAGGGGAAGUACAUGGCGGUGCGCUACGAGGAUCUGGUGGACAACCCGGUUAAGACCCUGCGCAACGUCUACCGCUUCGCCAACCUGACCGCCAAUCACGACAUCGAGUCGUUUGCGCUCAACAUGACCAGCGGCUCCAGCUCCUCCUCCAAGCCCUUCAUCGUCUCGUCCAGGAACGCCACACAAGCCGCCAGCGCGUGGAGGACGGUGCUCAGCAUCCAGCAGAUCAAGCAGGUGGAGGACUACUGCCAUCAUUCCAUGUCCGUGCUGGGGUACGAGCGGGUCCGCACGGCCGGCGAGGCCAAGGACCUGAGCAAGCCGCUGCUGACGCACUCCAGACUGUGAAGACCAAAGACUCCAUCUUGCAAGCUUUAGUGUUGGAGGAGCACCUCACGCCACAUUGGGAAUGUAUCACCUUCACCUUUUUCUACUGCAACUAUGGACGUCUCCACCGUUCAUUUAUCUCCUUCCUUUUGAAUGUUGCAACAAAAACAUCUUUUACACUCUUCAUGUUGUCUGUGAACGUGAAACUAGUGGACGGAAGAAGCAGAAGAAAAGUGCUAAUGCUAAUUUAAGCUUGGAGUUAAAGACAAUCAGUCAGGUAGUUGAUUUCACGAGGGAUGUUUGUCUUGUUUUUUUAUCCAGUGUGGACAACGUCCUCCUCAUUGUUGAUGUAAGCGUGUGUUUCCUCGCUCUCAUGCGCUCACGUGACGGGGAAACAUCGAGUAAACAAGCUAAGAGUUUA